GCAGUAUUGAUCAGAAUCUGGGCUUUUAAUCAUAUCGUCUCCUUAAUUAAAGAAUUCUGAACUUUUUAUCAUCAAUGUAUUCGUCUGCCAUAGAAGACCUUGAAAGCGAUUAGUGGAAAAGGAAAUGGAUUCUUCAUCGGUCAAGAUUCGUGCUGUAGCUUCGAUUAUCGUUGCUAUCAUUAUCGCCAUUGGUGUGAUCAUCUCAGCGGUCAUCCUUUCUCGUGGUGAUUAUGGGGGUAUGGCGAAUCAACGCAUAACAGUUGGAGGGAUAGAGAAAGCAAUGGAAAGCAGCAUGGAAAAGAACAUAGUGAUGACGGAAGGAAGCAGGGAGGUUAGCAAACAGAUGAUGCGAUACAACUACGACUCUAAUACGAUUCUUGUAGAAACGGCUAAUAUCAGUGGCUCCAGUCGGGCUAACGUCGCCAUUGACUAUGACAGGGAAAGGAGGAAGAGGGAAUGGUUUAUAUAUGUUUCUAGACACCACUACAUCCACACACCCAAUUAACCCACCUCUCCUGCCACAAUCAAGCCCUGACAAAAACGAG